AUGAUGGUGCCGCUGGAUGAGGAAAGGGAGCAGCGCAUCGCCGAGCGACGACGUCGUGUGCAAGAGCGGUUGAAAAAGAUGUCUGACAUCAACAGUGACGUGCACGUAGCGGUGGGAGCUGACCAUGGCAUGGGCGGUCGCACAGGGUCAGGCGAGGCGAAGGGGAUUGGCGAGGAAUCCGUGCGCAAUGCCCGUCGCGACAUGGCUGAGGCACUCAGUUGUGCCCACAGCGCCGUGACCAGCUGGGAGGUGGAAGUUGGCAAGAACGAGAAUGAGCGCCGCGUGCGUGAAGAGCGUCUCAUAGAUGAGAGACGUCAAAGGCGCCGUGAGGAGUUGGAGGCGAAUGAAAUAAAACAAGGUGCAAUAGAGCUUAAGUUUGAGGCCAUCCACAAAAUCAACGCCCCGCAUGAGCUCCAGAAGUCCCUUGAACAGCAGCAGCAGCAGUGCAAGGAACUGUUGGGUGCCAAGGACCGUCUCAUUGAGGCUUUGCGCGGGCAGUUGGAGGAGCGCGAGGAGGAGUUUGUUGCGGCACUUAGGCGCAACACAGCGGAUGUAAAUAGCCUUGUUGCCGAAAUGCGUGAGCAGACGGAGAGAUACCUCGACGACUACACCAACAAGCUGCGGGAAGUAGAGGGGGCGUACGAAAAAGAGCGAAUGGAGUACCUCUCGCACUGCGAUGAGGAACUUCUGCAGCUUAUGAAGCUGCGUCGUACGCGGGAGACAGAGUAUCGCAAGAAGCGAGAGGACGAGAUUGUGCAGGCGCAGCAAAAAAUGGACGAUAAACACCGCGAAAACUGUGAAGAGUACAAUGAAAUUAAGCGGGAACAUCUAGAGGAAAUUCAUGCGCUCAUGGAGGAGUUGGAACGGUGCAAGGCCGAGUUUCUCCUCAACGGCGAACGACUCAGUUACAACCUGCAGGUUCUCCGUGAGCGGGUCAAGGAAAACAAGAGUGCUCAGGCGAUGCACAAGCGAAAACUGGCGCGGCUGCAGGACACACUUAGCUACCUUGUUGCACGCUACGCGGAGUCCGAGAAGAAGUACCAGCGCUCCAACAAAGAUCUCACCGCUCAGCUUCACCGUGUGGCCAACCAGUACCGUGAUUUGCAAAAAAAAUUUCAAAGGUUUGAAAGGUCAGACAAGGAAAAGUACCAGCAAAUUUGGGCCAUGCAUGAGGAGAAGAACAUUCAGCUCGCAUUCAAGUCUCUGCAGGCUGAUCGUGUUCUCUUCGAGGAGAUAUUAGGGGUACCGUGGAAUCCCCCGCAGCUAAACUACUGGCCCGAAGAUGACGUGGCGGACACAGUGGAGGAUAACGAGGAGGAGGCUGUGAGCAGCGAUGACGAGAUUGAGCUUUCGGAGGAGGCGCUUAUGCUCCUCGCUCUUCUGCAUAAGCAAGCGCCAUUUAUCUCUGACGAGACGGUGUAUGCAGCAAUCCGACAAGUGCAAGAUGUCACAGAGGAGCGUGCCGUGGUGGAGUCCAUUCUUUCGGCACUGCAGGUUCACAAGGACGAGGAGAUGAGUGAUCUGUUGGAGUAUUUUAUGGUGGAUGGUCCCGACGAAACAAGGGCUCUUAUUCGUCCGCAGGAGGCUGUCCGUGCACUUUCGACCUUUCUAACCGAACGACAGCGGGAGAGGAAGCAGCAGGAAGAGGGUCAGAAGGAAUCGGCCAAGCGGAAUAAAGAAUUGACGCGGAUGAAGUUAGAGGAGCGUCGGCGUGUCGCUGAAAAGGAGUACUGGUUGCGCAUGGCGAGCUCAGUCCCAAAGGAGCACCAGCGAGUCUGGGGGGCACUUGAAAAAGGCCUCAAGCUGUACAUUGCCCAACUUCAACAGCGUAAAACUCUGAUUGAAGGCACCGAUUCACUGCGCGCGCAGAAUGCAGAACUGCGUGGGCUACUGAUGCAGUACCUGCAAAGUGAUGUGAACUACCAGCUUUACAUUCCGCCAAAGCUCUUGCUGCAGGCUCGCGCUGCCUCCUAA